AUGCAUCUAACGAAAGCCCUCAGCGCAUUUAUCUACACUAGACUAGCGUUUUGUUUUGAUAUGUCUACCCUUUACACGCCUAUAAGCGGUCACAGUUCUCAUACGCUUGCACUUUAUGUUAACGACACUUUGCUGUGCCCUGUCACUCGUGGGCAACCCGAGAUCUAUCUUUCCACGCCCCAGAACACCACCUUGUCUAACCAACAGUCCACAUGCAUCUGGUCAGACAGCCACUCAAAGCAAUACUGCAUCUUCUCAAACCCACACUUCGACCACGGAAAGGGCAUCACCGUGAUAACAACCCCCGAGCGCAUCCUCCACAUCGCCAAAUCUAUCGCCUCGGCGCCAGAUCACCACCUCAGCCUCACCCGUAAAGCGUCAUUCAGAACGUCACCGAGUGGAAGCAAAGGGCGGGGUAUAUUUGCAACCAGACACAUACCCGCAGGCAGCCUCAUCACCGAGGAGCCGCCAAUCAUACUCCUGGACCGCAACUGGGUCGAAGACAUCUCGUCCGAGGAAGCGCGAGCAUCACUCCAAGCGUUAGCUAUUGCGGAGCUACCAAGACCAACACGUCAAACGGUUGACGAGCUUUUCAUCGGCACUUCUACAAAGGGCCUGAAGCAAAAGAUCUGGACGAAUGGAUAUGGCGUCUCUGGUGGACCCGCAGAGGACUGGCCGGGGUUGGACGAUGAAGCGGACCUCGGCAUGAUAGCAGUACACGCAAACAUAUCCAAAAUCAACCACAGCUGCCGCUCCAACGCAGCAUCUCAGUGGGACUGGGACUUGCUCGCACACAGGCUGUGGGCAGUCCGUGACAUCGCCGCUGGCGAAGAGAUUACCAUAUCCUACUUCGACCCCAUCCAGACCCCGCGAGAACGGCAACACUAUUCAACAGACGCGCUCGGCUUCAAGUGCGCUUGUAGUCACUGUCAAGCCCCUUCCAAGUUUGCAGAGCUAUCCGACGACCGAGUCAAUGAGAUUCACCUACUACAAGGGUACCUAGAAACUCGUGAAAUCGCCCCGGCCGAACCCACGGCAAUGGCCGAGCUGCUAGUCAACCUAUACAAGCAGGAGGGGUUGGACUCUUACCUUUGCAAGGCAUACGCUAUCGCAGCCCGCGAGUGGAACGGCGCAGGCUAUGAGUACCAAGCACGCUCCUGGGCCUAUCAAAGUGUAGAGGCCGGUCUUGUGGCUGGUUCGGGAACUGGAAUGGAGGAGUAUGUGAGGGACAUGGAGUCGCUGCUUGACGGGGCGAGGAAGCAUUGGUCUUGGAGAUACCGCCUACACGUUUAG